CACUGUCAGCGGUGUGCGGAGUCCAGCCGGGAAUGUCGCGGGCUCGGCACUUCGGUCCUCCCGCCUGCCGUGGCGCUGCACCGCGCCCCGCAACCCCAGGCUUACAGGGGCCGCUCUUGGUCGGCCCGCUCAGGCCUUGGCGCGGUGUGCGGGAUGGCGGCGGUGCUGAGCCACUGGCUGGAGCUCUCCUCCAGACGGACGAUGAGAGGCUACCAGGUCCUAGUGCCACGCCGCUGCCAGGCACACUCCAACCCUUCGAAACCAAAACAGGUUCAUUGGAUGCAACGUGGGUUGCUGAAACUUUACGAACGUUUUUAUGACGUUGAAAACCUUUUCAAUUGGAGUAUGGCCUUGAGAAACUGGAACCUGAGGAGGAAGAAUGCGUACUACGGGUACACCCAGAAAACAUACGGCAUUUAUAUUGCAGCAGCGUACUACAUCUUGAGCCAGAGAGGAGCUGUACGCUUUGCAGGGAAGGAGGAAUGGAUAAGGCCAAACAAAAGGGGCAAGUUCAGCUGGGAUUUCCUCAACUUCAGAGAGGUCCCACUAGAAGCGGUCGAUGCCAGCGGCUCCUCAAUAACAUAUGAUGGAUUGGAGAACUUGGUGUGUUUGAAGGAGCUGAAGUACUUGAGCCUGAACAACUGCCCCUACAUUGACGACUGGUGUCUGAGCCGCCUGCAUGUGUUUGGAGACUCACUUGAAGAGUUGGGGCUGGCGGGCUGUCCCAGGGUCACUGAGCGAGGUCUGGCCUCACUGCAUCAUUUGAAGAACCUCAAGCGCCUGGACCUGUCAGACCUUCCCUCAGUAGACAACCGAGGACUGGUGAGGAUUCUGCUGGAGGAGAGCCUUCCACAGUGUAUGGUUGUCGGAAUCGAGUACGAAGAUGGAUUGUUACAGCAGCCCCUUCCUGGACAGAAUGCUUCCACUCCACAUCUGAACAAAGGAUCGGGCUGGACCGAGCUUUCCUGACUAAAACCAAACAGACUUAAGGCAUCCUGAAGAGGUUUCAAGAUCUCCUCGAUCUGUUCCCCACCAGCCUGGUAUCAGCGAUGUUCUCAAUCUAGCCACUGGAGGGCAGGGAAGGAACAGUCGGUGGUAACUUGGUUCUUUUAAGUGGAGUGAAUUAACCAGGCCGGUGUGGACUAACCUUAACUAUCUGUGCACUAACCUUUAACCACAGGAGACCUCACUGCAACGCUACCCUUACAGAACUUAAUCAAUUUGUUCUCUAGUUAUGCUUUUGCCUCAGUUUAAGUCCAAUCACUUGUUUCAGAUAUCUGAACUAGUAAUUUAUUAAAUUUAAGUUUAAAUUUUUCAUUACUGUGACUUGGCUGGUGACGCCUUUGUGGUGAGUGUCCGCAAAGAAUACUUUGAGUGCUCAUUCCUAGAGUGUGACAGGAUCAGCAUUUAUUGCCCCUCCCUAACUGCCCUCAAGAAGCCUGUGGUGAGUCACCACCUUGAAUCGCUGCAGUCCUCCUGGUGAAAGUGCUCCCACAGUGGGAAGAUGCAGUUAUUAAUACCCUUUGGAGUUGGGUGGUUUUGUCCAGUAGUACUGCUAGUUGUGUCAACAAUGGCGUGCAGAGCGAUAGAGUUACACAGCAAGGAAACAGGCCCUUUGGCCCAACGUCCAUACCAACCAAAACGUCUACCUAAGCUCGUCCCAUUUGCCUACAUUUGCACCAUAUUCCUCCAAACCUUUCCUAUCCAUGUACCUGUCCAAAGGUCUUUUAAACGUGGUAAUUGUACCCACCCCAACCACUUCCUCUGGCAGCUCGUUCCAUAAACCCACCACCCUCUGUGUGAACGAAUUGCCCCUUGGGUCCCUCUCACCUUAAGUCUGUGUCCUUUAGUUAUAGACUCUCAUGAUCUUAUAAACCUUCAUAAAGUCACCUUUCAGCCUCCUUCGCUUCAGGGAAAACAGUCCCAGCCUAUCCAGCUUCUUCUUAUAACUCAAGCCCUCCAGUCCUGGUAACCUCCUUGUGAAUCUUUUCUGCGUCCUUUCUAGUACCCUUCCUGUCGUGUGGCGACCAGAACUGCGCACAAUACUCCAAGCGUGGUCUCACCAACAACUUGUAUAGUUGCAACAUGACGUCCCAACUCCUGUACUCAAUGUCCAAUGAGGACACGCAUGCCAAACGCCUUCUUCCCCACCCUGUCUACCUGUGUCGCCGGAGCUUUACCACGUGAACCGCAGCAGCAAGGGUUGUGUUCCCUGGAAUCUGGAAGGUUAUGGGGUGAUCUUAUGUUCAAGCUUUAAGGGGUACAAAAUAUUUCUGUUGCCCGGAGAGUUGGGGAGCGUUGUCUGAUAACAAGAAGUUAGGAGUAGAAGCAGAGGGUGGCAAAAAUAGGGAAUUCUCUUCUAGAAAUGGCAAGGCAUGGCAGGCAUUUGGUGACUUUAUAUCGAGCAUUGAUAGUUUUUUGUUACUAAAGAUAUUAUGGGGCAAAAACUGGUUCCCAGAAUGAAGGUGCAGAUAUCACUGAGCAGCUUGGAAGGGCUGAAUAUCUACCCCCUGUGGCAAUCUUCCCCUUCCCUGCUGCUUUUACUGAACCUUGGUUAAGUAAAAUAUCCUAUGGCCACUAUUUUGCAGUUCUUCUUGAUAACUGGUCAAUAUCAAUUCCUCAACCAACGUCUCCAUCAGGAAGAAAAAGUAAACAGAUGAACUGGUCAUUAUCACAUUGCUGUUAAUGGGAUCUUGCUGUGCAAUAAAUGCUUCCUCCUCCUCUCCCCCCGUUUCGUUCUUUGAAAGUACUCCAUUGGCCGCAAAGCGCUCUGAGGUGCUCUGAAGUCAUAAAAAGAGCGACAGAAGUACAAAUGCUUCAUUUUCUGUCUUUCCAUUUUUCGUUCCUCUUUUCUUUUGUUCUUUGCUUUC